AUUGUCUUGAUCUUUUGCGGAAAACAAAAAUUAGACAAGAAACUGACGUCUGUCACAAAAGUCGUGCAAAAAUGGAAGAGGAAGAAAGCAAAGUUUCGGUGGCCACAUACUCAGUGCGCUCCACACCCUCAAGUUACAAAUCCUCGUUUAAACUAAACGAAGACGAAUUCAUUGACACCUACAUAACUAUUCCUCCCGACGGUGGCUGGGGCUGGAUCGUGGUCCUUGCCUCCUUUCUGUGCAAUUUCGUAGCAGACGGAGCCUUGUACACUUUUGGAAUAUUCUUAGAUGACAUAAGUAAGACUUACAAGUCUAAAGCCGCAACUGUGGCUCUAGGAAAUUCGUUAAUGACCGGUUUCUAUUACAUGACGGGACCGAUAACUUGCGCACUUGUUAACCGUGUGGGCUUUCAAAUAACCGGCGGUCUUGGCGGGAUUAUAGCAGCGGUGGCUUUUUUCUUCAGCACAAUGACGACUACCAUAACGCAAUUUGUGUGCGUUUUUGGGAUUAUUGGCGGUUUUGGAUUUGGUCUCGUCUACGUUCCGUCAAUUGUGGCCGUUGGGUUUUAUUUCGAGCGGUGGAGAGCUUUAGCAACGUCUAUUGCUGUGACGGGUUCCGCUGCUGGAAUUGUGGGUUUCCCCUUGAUAGUUGAGGGUUUGCUGGGUAAUUACACCUGGCAGACCAAAUUCAAAGUCAUUUCGGGCCUGUGUAUUGCAACAGCGUCUCUGGCUCUACUGUACCGCCCGCUCAAGCCGAAAAGAGUCUGGACAACCAAAGACAAGAAGGUUGUGCAGUUCAAUUCGGGAGACGUUGCUGAUUCGAUUGGUUCGUUCCACUUGGACGAGAAACCCGGCUUUAUUAAGCGGAUUAUCAAUCGCUUUCACAAUGUUACCUAUCCGACUCAUGCCCAACUGCACAAAGAGUCAACAUUUGUUAUCAAUUUCCCGAUUGGGCCGAGCACUUCGUCCGUUUUCAUAACAAGUGUCCCGGAAGGGAGCUUGACAACGUUCAUGCGAAACACUCCUUCGCGAAGCGAAUUACGGUCGGAACGACUCGAUAAACUCAGUACGGUCUAUGAAGAUGAAACCGAUCGGAAAAAGGGUUGCUGCAAGGAGUGUUGUAAUGUGAAAAAGUGUUGCGGAGCGUCCAACAGACCGAUGUACCGAGACGAUAUUUUUUACACCGGAUCGUUGUACACGCUACCACCGCAAGUUUCACAAGUUUCAAAGACCAGUAAAGUGCAACAAAUAAAGAGUUUGGACCAUACUCUCUCUGUCACAAGAGCUGAGGUUCUGAAGGAAGGUACUGAAGAACGGCUGCAUUGGAGAUGUUGUCCCGAAUCUAUGCUCAGGACUUUGGUCACAAUGCUUAAUUUUGAUUUACUGAAAUCACCAGCGUUUAUUUGUCUGGUUUCUAGCGGUUUCUUCACGCUGUUGGGGAUGUUCGUCCCUUUUAUCUACCUUAUUGAACGAGCAGACGAAAAUAAGAUCAGUCGAGACGUCUCGUAUCACUUGUUCACAGCUUUGGGAAUAUCUAACGCGUUGGGACGCAUUGUAAGCGGGGUCAUUUCGUCCCUUCCCAAAGCAAAACCUCUGAUUGUGUCAUACAUCAGUUUAUUUAUUUGUGGAUUAUCCACCUUUGUUUCCUAUUUUUUACGUGAUGUCUACAGUCAGUUUAUCUACGUCAGUAUUUUUGGCCUAACGAUUGCUUGUUUGGCCUCUUUGAGGACCCCGAUUGUUGUGGAGCUGUUAGGAUUAGAAAAUCUAACAAAUGCCUUUGGACUGUUGCUACUCAUCCACGGAAUUGCUGGAUUUUUGGGAAUGCCGAUCGCUGGAAGGAUCGUGAAACUUGCGAGAUCCUACAACAGUGCCUUUCUUUUCUCAGGGAGCACUUUAAUGCUAAGCGCUGGAUUGUUAAUUCCCAUAAAACGAAUAUCGGAAUGGGAGCAAAAUAAAAAGAAAACUCAGUUAUGACUAAAACUUUUUUAUUUAUUUGUAAAUAAAUAAAUAAAUAUAAAUGAAUGAUU